AUGCCUACAGCCACCCUCGACUACAACGCCUUCCCCCACAUCAUAGACCGCGUCCUAGUCUACACCUCGUGGUCCGACCUCGCCACGUGCCGUUUGACAUGCAAGGCCGUUCGCGACGAGGUUACUCGUUUGCAGGGCCAACAUAUUGCACUCCACCGCGGUUGGGACGGCAACUUGUCCGUCAGGAGUCUAUGGGGGCAACGUAUCCCUGGCCUUCGCGAAGGCAUCUGUAUCAAAAUUGACAAUAUCAAGGACGAGGUUGCUCGUAUCAAGCCCUUCACCUCGCACACGCGCGUCCUCGAGCUCGAGGGGAACGUGGGACCAGCCGACGACCUCACCCUCCUUGCGGAUGCAUUCCCCAACCUCGACAUCUUCCGUCUCACCACUGAUAGGGGCCUCAAAACAUGUGAUCCGCUCUUUCCGUUUCCUUGCAAGACGCUUGUCAUCUUCUACAGCGACGACCAGGGAGGACUCGACUACGAUUCCUUUGACGAGGACGAAGACGAAGACGACGAGGACGACGGAGACGACGAAAUCGAUGAAGACUAUGAAAUCGAAGGACAUGACGACGACGACGACAACGACCAGAACGAGGUGAGCGAUGAGCUCGACGAAGAAGACGACCUCGGCCGUCGCCCAACAGCCCUCCCGAGCGGCGCGUUUCCUGAAGGAGUGACCAAAAUUGUCGUCAACAUGCGCGGCAGUGACUUCCCCGUCGCGGACUGGUUUGACGACAUCUCCAACUUUCCCGAGACGGUCAAAGACUUUGUGCUAGUCUAUCCAAAGUAUCGAAUCAACGUUACCGAGGGAUCGUUCAGCAGCUUUUACGAAAACAUCGUCGUCAUGGACACGGCAGAAUUGAUCUCGACCAGAGCUCAGUACACGCUCGUGGGCGCCGAGGAGGCGGGAGAGGAUUUCGACAGGAUGAACCUCCUCCUGUGGACCUACAUGAGGACGUCUUACCACUUCGACGACUGCAUCAACCAGGAGAAACGCAUCGACGAGCACCUCGACCACGUCACCGUUCUUACCAAGGCCGAGUACGCCAAGACAGUGGACAACAUUGACCUUGAGACGGUCGAGCGCCUCGAUGGAGACGAUGACAGUGACAUCGACGACUAUGAAAUCGGGUACUUUGAUGACGAUGAUUACGACUACGACGAUGAGCUUCAUGGCUACUAUCCCGACGACGGUAACUUUGAUGGCUACGGUGGCGAUGACAGUGACUUUGGUGGCUAUGACGUCGGAUUCUGA